AUGCACAGGCACCACAAGGAGCGAUUGGUGGAUGAGAGAUCGGUGGAUGACCUUUUAUCAUUCAUCGAUGGGGGAGAGAGCAGUGGUAAAGGCAAGUCCGGGAGGAAGAAGAAGAGUCGGAAGAAGACGGAGAAAAUGAAGUCCCCGCGUCUUCCAGAUCUGGAAAAAUUAUGCCAUCCAGCAUCAGGCGACAGUGUCAUUCAAGACAAAAGCUCCGGAGGGAAGGAGAGUGGGGUGGAGGAAGAGGGACCGGAGGAAGGGGAGGGGGAAGAGGGAGCAGAGAGAUGGGAAAGGGAAGAGGGUAGCAAGGAGGGAGUGCGUUUGGUGAAUACUGAUGGGGUGUUGGAUGGUGGUGGUGCGAGUUCGCUCGAGGCUGGCAGAAAUGGUGGUGACGGGGCUUGGCUUGACCACAAAGGGAGGAAGGUGGGUGAAGAGGGGUUGGGGGCACCAAGGGGAGAGAGGGCAGCAGCAGCACCCAAACCCUCGCCGCCAACACAAACAGCAGGAGAAGCAGCAGUGCCACCAUCAAUAACAGGAGCAGGAGAAGGAGGAGGAGGGGGAGGGGGAGCAGGAGGUGAGGAAGAUUCAGUAUGGCCUGUUGGGCUGAAGAGCACAGGAGAGGUGGUGAAAAAGGUUAAGACUCCACGGCAGGGUAGGAAGGUGGAGAAAGAGGAGCAAAAGGAGGGGAAGAUCGUGAAGGAAGAGAUUGGGGAAGUUCAAGCAAGAGAGGGAGCAGGGGAGGGUAAAGGUAGAGAGGGAGGAGCGGAGGGCAACGGAGGUAGGGAGGGGAUGGGGGAGGUUCAAGGUAGAGAGGGAGUAGGGGAGGGUAAAGGCAGAGAGGGAGGUGUUGAGGGGAAGGGAGGAAAGCACAGCAAGCAGGGGAAGUCAGGGAAGGUGACUCCUCGGCAUAAAAAUGCUGCAGCAGAGGCUACAGCAGUGCAGGCAACAGCUGGGGUGACUGUAUCGAGCUGUGAUGUGGGAUUAGGAGACACUUGGGCAGCAGAGCAGCAGGCACGGCCGCUCCCCUCCCCUGUGAAAACGCCCAAGAAGAAAAAAAAGAAGAAACAUUCAGUUCAUCUGCAGCAGCAAGAAACAGGGCCGGAGGAACUAGGGCAGGAAGAAGUAGUGCAGCAUGGAAAACGGCAGCAGGAGCAGGAGAUGGAAGAGCAGCAGGAGGAGGAAGAGGACGAAGAGGAGAAUAAGGCGGAGCGAAAGCGACGAGAGCAGCAAAUUUCUGGCUCUGGUGAUGCUGCUGCUGAUGCUAUUGGUGAUGUUGGUGGUGCAAUUGGCGCUGCUGGUGCUAUCGGUGCAGGCAGUCCCCUCUGCCGCAUCUCCCUCCGUCCCUCUACUCCCCUCCCCAGCCUUCCUUCUUCGACCUGCCUCUCCACCUCGCCCACCAACACCACCAGCCCUGGAUGGCCCGGCUCUCUCCCGGUCCUCCCAGUCAAUGGAGUCAACCAGGGGUCUCAACUCCGCCCGGUCAGCCAGGUCAAUGGAGUCAACCGGGCAAUCUAA